AUGCUAAAAAGAAUUACAAAUAAUGUUUUAUUAGAUAAUAAUGAUACAGAUAUAAAUAAUAAGAGAAUUAUUACAUUAUCUUCAAUAUCUAAUAAGAAUACAAAUAAUUCUAAUAUAAAAUCAAAUAAAUCAAAUACAUCACAUAUUCCUGACAAUUUAAAAUCAAUAGUUUCAACAUCUAUGCAAGAUAAUACAUUGCAACGAAUAUUUCCUCAAGAACUUGAUCGUAAUAUAUUUAAUGAAGAUAUACCAUUAAUAAUGUUCUGUGGAUUAAGUAAUAGUGGUAAGACUUCAAUCAUUAAUGUAGUGUAUAAUAAUGUUCCUCCUCAUGAAAGUUCAUUAUUUGCACCUACUCAGCAUGGUAAUAUAAUCCGAACAAAUUCAAAUUCAAAAUUAUUUACUUCUAUUGGUAUAAUAGAUUUACCAGGACAAGGAUCAAUUCAAGACAUAUUAAUAAAUGAAGUUAUUCUUUCUAAAAUAUCAUCUAUUGUUUAUGUUAUAGAUGCACAAAAUGAACCAUAUACAAAUGAAAUAUCACGUGCAAAGAAUUUAUUUAAACGUGCUAUUAAAGCAAAUUCAAAUAUAAAGAUUGAUAUAUUUUUACAUAAAAUUGAUACUGAAAUAUUUGCAGUAGAUGAUUUUAAACUUGAAUAUCAAAGAGAUAUAUAUGAAAAGAUAUCAACUUUUAUAUCUGAAGAUGGUUUUGAGAUAGAUAUUAGAUUCCACUUUACCUCUAUAUAUGAUUAUUCUAUAUUAGAGGCUAUAAGUAAAGUUACUCAAAAGAUAUUUCCUUAUUCACAGAUUUUAGAAAGAUUAUUGGAUUUACUAGUUGUUUCUUGUAGAUUCGAGAAGGUAUUAUUAAUGGAUAUAUAUUCAAGAACAUUUUUAGUUAGUGAUUCAUCAUUAUUUGAUCCUUUAGGAUUUGAAUUAUGUGCAGAUAUUUUAAAUGUGAUUACAGAGAUUAAUGAUAUAUAUAAUGGGAAUAAUAAUUUAUCUAGGAAUAUUUCUGAAUUAUCUUGUUCAAUACAACUUAAUACAGGGCAUACUUUAUAUAUAAGGAGUAUUGAUAAUAACUUUGUUAUAGCUUGUAUUGUAAGGAAUGAGAAUUUUGAUAAACCAUAUUUAGUUAAUCUAAAUGUAGAUAUAUUUAGAAAAGUAUUAAUUAUGAAUCUUAUAUAA